UUUUUCUGUCAUCCGAUCUGUCCAUUUGAUUUCACUUUGUUUCGCGACGAGCACAAAAGUUGCACAAUAUUAGUUAAAAAAACUGCAAUUUAAAAACAAUCAAUCAAUUGACAAUGUCUUCGCCGUGGGGAAAAAUUGCAAAGCCGGAGGCGGCCAAUCUGACUGACAUCAUGUCCGAGGAGGUGGCGAAAGAGAUGCAGGAGAAGGAAUUCGAAAAAGUCGCAAGUAAACCAGCGUUGGCGCGCGAGGAAUACACUGUGCCAGCGGAGUUCCUGAUCGAUGGGGACUUGGAGACGGAUGCGGAGAUCGCGAAGAUGCUGCAGCAGCAGUUCGAUAAGGAAUACGAUGAGAUGCUCAAGCGCACAGAGAACAAAGUGAAUGGAACCAAUAAGAUCUCUAUAUCGUUGAGCAAUUACAGAAGGGCACCCACCAAUCCUGAUUUUGAGAGUGAUUCAGAGGAGGAGGAAUUGGUGGAUCUCAGGGAUAGGAAGGAAUGGGACAGAUUUGAUAGUGUGAACAAGGAUUUCACUGCUAUCCCACCGUGUGGGUAUCUAAUUAAAGAUGGGAAUAUGGUGACCAAGCAUGAUGGCACCAUGAGCGGAAGAAGGAAUGCCUGUAAAAUGAUGUCAUUUCCACCAGAGUUUGAGACCGGGGAUGGGGCAGGAUUUGAUUUCAAAUUAUCAAACAAAGUGUUCAACAGCUUGAGGGCACAUUCUAAGCAGGAGCAGCAGAGAAACAAAAGAGUUCAUGAUAAGAAAGAGGAUCAUGCUACAGCUGAAUUUGGAAUGGACGAGUUCACCCGUCUCCAGCUGUACAAGAUGAUCAAUAAUCAGGUGUUGGAGAGAGUCAAUGGCAUCAUCAGCAUUGGCAAGGAGGCGUUGGUCUUGCAUGGAGAGCUCGAUCAGAGUUUGGAGCGUUGCGAUGUGUCGAAGGAGUGCGUGAUCAAAGUAUUUAAGACGACUUUGUCCGAAUUCAAGCAGCGCGACAAGUACAUCAAGGACGAUUACAGAUUCAAGGAUCGCAUCGGUAAGCAGAACGCCAGGAAGACUGUUCAUCUGUGGGCCGAAAAGGAGAUGCACAACUUGAACAGAGUGAGGGCUGCUGGUAUUCCAUGUCCGGAGGUUGUCGCGUUGAAGAAACAUCUGCUGUUGAUGACGUUCAUCGGUAAAAACCAUAAACCAGCACCAAAGUUGAAAGAUGCCAUCCUCAGUGAUGCCGAAUACUUGGUUGCUUACAAUCAGGUGAUCGAGGCAAUGACCGCCCUAUAUAAUAAGGCAAACCUAAUUCACGCCGAUUUAUCAGAGUACAAUAUCCUCUGGUACGAGGACGAAUGCUACUUGAUAGACGUCGCACAGUCGGUGGAGCCGAACCACGGUAACGCCUUCCACUUCUUGUACAGGGACUGCGGCAAUAUCUCCAAUUUUUUCAGUCGUAAGGGGGUGGCGGGCGUCGAGACCGCCGACCAGAUAUUCCGGGCAAUCGUCGGUUGCGACUUUGGAGACAAGGUCGGCCUUCUCGAGUUGCAGGAGAACAUCAAGAUGAAGCCGCAUCUGGUGGACAGACCCGGCGUCGACACCGAUUACCGCUUCGACAGUGCCUGGAGCAAAUCCAAGGAGAUGGCCCCGACCGAGGCCUGACCGAAGAAGCACUUUGUCGUUUAAAUAAUAACAGAAUAAAAACAUAUAAGAGAAAA